UAAUCAAUGAACCCACCUCACUCCGGCAACCUGCUCAAAGAGAACAACCUUAACACUCUCCCUCUCUCUCUCUCUCUCUCUCUCUCUCGCUUACUAGAGUCAUCAGCACAGACCCAUCAUGACACGGUGACCAGCAUACUUACUGGUCGGACGCCAUUAUCUUAAUGUAAAGUAUGAUCCUGGACAUUAUCACCGCCCUGAUUGUCUCUGAGAACAGAUAUUACGCCGAAGAUUAGCUGAUCAGAAAAGAAAUUGUGCAGUUCCUCGGUGGUGGAGAAGGAUAGCAAUAAGCGGAUCGGUGUCGAUUGUUAUCCUCGAUGGCAGAGUUAGUUGGGCCAAGGUUGUACAGUUGCUGUAAUUGCAGAAACCAUGUAGCCCUUCACGAUGAUGUCAUUUCUAAAUCUUUUCAGGGGAGAAAUGGUCGAGCGUUCCUGUUCUCCCACGCGAUGAACAUUACGGUGGGACCAAAAGAGGACAGGCACCUCAUGACAGGUCUUCACACUGUAGCUGAUGUCUCCUGCUGUGAUUGUCGUGUGGUACUUGGUUGGAAGUAUGAAAGAGCCUAUGAGGAAACUCAGAAAUACAAGGAAGGGAAGUUCAUACUUGAGAAGUCGAGAAUAGUCAAGGAAAACUGGUAGCACCAAUGAAGUUUUCGUCUCAUUUAUCCUUAUGCCAGUUUAAGAGUAUUGAAUUUGAUGCCUCGACGUGGAUUAUCUUGUCCAGAACAUACUGAUCAAUUGAAGAUGCUAAAUUAUUGUUCCUUGCUGUGCAUUCUCCUUGUGUUUUCUCUGUAAAUUGUAUUUAGAGAUCAUCAAUUAUGUGGUUGAUAAAUCUGUGAUUCAUUGUGGUUGGAUUUCAAUUGAAUACAUAGAACCAUUGUAAUCUAGACGUGUCUCUGUCAUGGAUCAAGAACACUGAGCAUAAUAUGUUUGAAAAAAUCUAUGUAUCAUUCUUCUAGUCA